GUGGGUCAAUGGCCCUUGACCUGUAGUGCUCCGUCCCUCUGCAGGGAACUCCGCAAUUCCAGACUUUUUCAAUAUACUUAAAUUGAAGGAGCCAAAACCAAAAGCCUCCCCAUCUAACUAUUUGCAGUUUCAGUUUGCAAGACUAAACACUCAAUAAAGAAAAGAGAAUGGCAGCUUUAGGAGUAACAGCAGUUAUGGUGGUUAUAGAGUGCAUGGAGGUAGGCGUAAGCACCAUCAUGAAAGCAGCCAUGACCAGAGGCAUGAGUCAAUUUGUCUAUAUAGUUUACUCAAAUGCCCUAGCCCUCGUUAUCCUUCUUUCCUCUUCCUUCAUCUUCUACAGGAAAAGACCUCUCCCCCAACUUACAGUGUCCAUCCUGUUAAGGAUCUUUCUGAUGGGUGUUAUCAGUUUCAGUCUUCAGAUGUUUUUGAACACUGGGAUAAGGUAUAGCUCUCCAACUAUGUCCUCAGCGAUGACUGAUCUUACACCGGCUUUCACUUUUCUGCUAGCUUUAAUCUCCAGAAUGGAAAAGCUGGACAUGAGAUUACAAGGUAGCCAGGCCAAGUCUGUGGGCACCAUGUUAUCAGUUGCAGGAGCCUUAACUGUGACUCUAUACAAAGGGCAGCCGAUCACAGGUGUUCCAUCACAAAAUAGCUCAAUUGACGAGUCCCUGCAAGUGCUCCCAUCAAACUGGGUUAUUGGAGGCAUUCUCUGUGCAGCUGGUGCAUUGGGCAUAUCACUAGUAUACGUUAUCCAGACUUGGAUUCUUAAGGACUACCCUUCAGAGUUGAUGAUAACAGUCAUAUGUUGCCUCUAUGUGACCGUGUUAUCUGUUCCAGUCUCUCUAAUUGCAGAGAAAGACCCAAAUGCUUGGAUACUAAAGCCUGAUGUUGAGUUGAUAGCUAUUGGGUGCUCAGCAAUUUUUGCAGUAUCACUUCGCAGUGUAGUUCAUGCAUGGGUUUGUGGCAAGAAAGGGCCUCUAUACACUGCCAUGUUUAAGCCACUUGGGAUGAUCAUUGCAACAUUCUUGGGUGUUUCUUUUCUUGGGGAUACUCUUUAUCUUGGAAGUGUCAUUGGAGGGAUUAUUAUUGCCCUUGGAUUUUAUACAGUGAUAUGGGGAAAAGCCCAAGAAGAAGAAAAAAUGGUUGAAGAGAAAGGAAAUUCUAACUUUGCGUCAUGCUCUACUAAAGCCCCACUUUUGCAAAACAGAAGUGUGGAUGUGUAGUAUUCUUGCAUUUUACCCAAACGACUUUUGAGUAUAUAUUUGGUUACUGGCUGUGUAUAUUUCUGGGCAAAUUAAUGUAUUUUUAAUUACAAUUUUGGUAUCAAGAUCAGUGGUGGAUCUAGUUUGAUGAUUCUA